GAACAAGAUCAGAACCUGGAUACAUUGUCGGAUGCUAUCCGACGACAACGAGAACUGGGCAUCAUGAUUGGCGAUGAGCUGGACACUCACGCCGAACUGAUCGAUGAAACCGAAGCCAUGGUCGAUCGCACAGAUCGAAAACUUCAGCAGGCACGAAGGAAGCUAAAUCAUGUUGGUCGCAAAGUCAAAGAUAACAAAUCGGUUUGCAUUGUUAUCGCCUUGAUUCUCGUCUUUUUUGUUCUAGUGGCUCUCGUCAAAUAA